CAAAAACCUUUAUUUUGGUAACAGCACAUGGCAUCGCGAGCUCAGCCCGGCGAUACGACUGCGCGCGCAGCCACAGGUGGCGUUCAUGAGAGCCACCUUAACAUCUGAAGCGACAGACGAGAGAGUUGAGACAAGGGACUAGGAGCGCUUCAUCACAGCUUCAGUGCUCCUGCGUUCACGGGGAAAUCUCCCAAAGCUGCUCUCUGCCUCGUUUUGACCGUGUUUUGGAGGCGGCCGUUGUUUUCAGGCUGAGGUGAACCGGGACCUGCUGUCUCCUGCUGUCUCCUGCUGUCUCCUGGGUGUGCGUGUGUUUUCAGUGAUUAGUCGGGGACCGCGCGAACACUGAGCAGGUGGAGAAGGCGACUUAAAUCUCACUGCACUCACCUUGGGUUUUGACAAGUGAGAGUGCUGACCUGAUCACUCGAUGGCGCUGACAGUGAACCUGAUCGGUCCUUCACCAUGGGGCUUCAGAAUAUUUGGAGGAAGGGACUUUAAGAAGGCCAUAACUGUAUCAAAGGUCAAUGGGGGCAGCAAGGCAGAACAGGCAAACCUGCAACCUGGUGACAUUAUCUUGGAGAUCAACGGGGAAAACACGGCCGACAUGCUGAACGUGGAGGCCCAGAACAAGAUCAAGAACUCCAAGACCCAUCUGCAGCUAGUGGUGGAGAGACCUAAACCUUCCAGCCCUGGACAGACCAAUGGCAUCAGCACCCCUGAACAACUCACUGGAUGCUUCCAGGAGGCAGUAAUAGUGAGUCGAGAUGAGAACCAGAACUACAGAGAGUAUACCAUCUCCAGCCCUGCCUCACUGUCCCCUGGGCCCUACUCGCCAGAUCCUCCAGCCAGCCCCGACGGGAAGAGGGAGAGGCUGACGCCCACUAUCAACAAGAGUGUCCAGCUGCGCUCGUGGUCUCCAGAGGACAAGAGUCACAGGCUGUCCAGACCACUGUCACAGGAGUUCUCCCCCUCAGACUACAGAAACAACUCUGUGUCGAGCAGAACCCCGACCCCACCGGGACGCUACUCACCCCAUAGUCCCAUUGAUCGGGAUGUACCCAUGUCUCCCCGACGCAGUUCAAGCUCUGACUUUGCCAUGCAGAGGUUUGACAGGGACUCAGAGGUGUACAAGAUGAUCCAGGAGAAUAAGGAGUCCCGCACGGCACCUCGUCAGUCCAACACCUUUAAAAUGCUGCAGGAAGUCCUGGAGGCUGAUGAGAAAGAGGCAGCCCUGCGAUUCCCAGGGAAACUUUCACCCAGCGCCCCUAAACCAAGCACAUCAGUGGGAGGAGUCAGCAAACAUCACACCUGUGAGAAGUGUGGCACCAGCAUCGUCACGCAGGCCGUGCGCAUCACCGACGACCGCUUCCGCCACCCAGAGUGCUACACCUGCACAGAUUGCGGCCUUAACCUCAGGAUGAGAGGUCACUUUUGGGUUGGAGAUGUGAUGUACUGUGAGAAGCACGCCAAACAGAGGUACCAAGGCCCAGGUAGUUCCCCCCAAACCACCGUGUCCCCUCGCCAAUGAGUCGGCCACUCCACAUCUGUGCCACUCGGGACAUAGAGUGCUGCUUGUCUGAAUGAAGUUCCACCUCAUGUGACUCAGUUAUAGACCUUGGGAUGGGGCAUGCAGGUGGACACUGGUCAAUGACAUAGCUGAGGAUAUUCUUUUCAGAUCACAUUUAACUUUACUUUGCAAUAUUAUGAUUCACUUUUUCGCCUUUCUUAUAAUUGUAUCAGAAUUGGGGCUUUGUUUUUCAUAAGGACCAGCCUCCACAGUCUCUUUAGGUUAAUCUUAGCUCUAAUGAUGCACAGCUGCCAUGGACUCAAGCCACAUCACAUUGUACUAAGGCCAGAUUUACAACAACACUUUAGACAAACUCAGCAGGACUUGCUCUCUGACUCUCUGAGGAUCUGGAUAAUCAUCUGAAUAUCCUGCUGACACAAAGGGACCAAAAUCUCACCUACACUGCAUGCCAUUCAAAAAAAACAAACAAA